UUGGAACCGAGCGUUGAACGAGCGGGAAGUCCACAAAACUUGACCUCAUUGAGAAUGGUUGAUUACUUUAUUUACGCAAAAGACUGUUCGGACUCGAUAAACGGAGCUGAGUAUUAUUACAGCAACAACUUGAAGACUCUUGAACAAUUCAAGUAUGACGUCGAAAGGAUCAAAGAACAAUUGUUUGGCCAAGAGCCUGAAAGACAAUUUAAAAUUCUAUAUUUGCAGUGGAGCGACAUCUGUUGGGAGGUCAAUGAAGAUAAGGUUGUGCUGAAGAAUACAAGUGAUAACUCUGGACUAUCGAACGAAUAUAUAAGUGAAAAGAGAGAUCCAGGAUGCAUUGUACGGCAUCUUAGAAAAAACUAUAUCAUUAAUGAAAAUGAUCGAAUCAAAUUACUGCAUAUAAUUACAAACGGAAACAUUAGCAGAGAAAGAAUAGACGAAUGUUUAGAAUUGAAUAAAGACAUGGAUUAUGAAACGGUUGUUCUCCAUGCAUACGGAGAAGACUCGGAAAAAGUCGACCUUUCAGUAGCAGCACCUUUCUUCAAGAGCCGUUGCAUUGUUUAUUACAAUAAUGAACUUUGCUACACUACUGAUAUUUCCAAAGACUUUGAUUAUAACAAAAUGAAUAGUGACAACUUUGAAGUUGAAAUGAAACAGCUUAUAUCGUAUAUAAAGUUGAAGUUCAUCAAUAAAUUCAAACGAGACGCUGAUGUUUGGCGGGAAAUUGAAAAAUUGGAUAACCUAAGAAAUCGAAUGGUUAGGGAAUUAUCAGAUAAUACACCAAAAUUUCCAUACUUUGACCGAAUGGAGGAAAGAGAGAGAAGAAUAUUGAUGCGUACAUUUGACAUGGAUAAGUUUGAGAGUUAUAUAGCUAUGGCAUAUGUGAUGAAGACGGAUGUUGAGAAAUAUGUUGCAGAUAUGGUAGACUAUAUUAACAGUUAA